AUGACUGUGGAGGAAGUUAGUGAUGGUUGCGCGUGGAGUAGGGAGGAUGAUAUUGCGUUCGAGAGAGCUCUUGCGAGCUACACCGAUGAAUCCGAGGAACGGUGGGAGAAGAUUGCUGCAGAUGUUCCAGGAAAAAGUGUUGAACAGAUUAAACAACAUUACGAGAUUUUAGUUGAAGAUGUUAGUAGGAUCGAAUCGGGAUGUGUGCCACUUCCUGCCUAUGGUUCUCCCGAAGGAUCGAAUGGCCAUGCUGGUGAAGAAGGGGGAAGCAGUAAGAAAGGAGGAAACAGUCAUGCGGGCGAGUCUAACCAGGGAAGUAAAGCAAAGUCAGAUCAAGAACGACGAAAGGGUAUUGCGUGGACAGAGGAAGAGCACAGGUUAUUUCUUCUUGGUUUGGAUAAGUACGGGAAAGGUGAUUGGCGUAGCAUUUCUCGUAACUUUGUGGUAACAAGAACACCCACCCAAGUCGCGAGCCAUGCUCAAAAGUAUUUCAUUCGUCUAAACUCAAUGAACAAAGACAGAAGACGAUCAAGCAUUCACGACAUCACUAGUGUUGGCAACGCAGAUGUCUCAACGCCACAAGGACCAAUCACUGGUCAGAACAACAACAACAACAACAACAACAACAACAACAACAACAACAACGCCGGUUCUGCUGCUGUUGCUGGAGAAGGAAACAAAUCAGCCAAGCAAGCCGCGUCUCAACCACCACCAGGACCUCCUAUGUAUGGAACACCCACCAUAGGUCAACCGGUGGGUGGAGCACUGGUCUCAGCAGUCGGAAUACCAGUGAACCUUCCGGCUCCACCUCGCAUGACUUUUGGAGUCCAUGCUGCUCCAGUCCCUAGCUCAGUGGUUCCUGGUGCACCAAUGAACAUCGGUCAAAUGCCGUACACCAUGCCGCGUACACCAACGGCUCAUAGGUAA